AACGGUGUGCGCUGUAAGCCUCUCUCCAUCAGAUUCACUUUACAUUACAUUACAUUACAGUCUCCACUACUGCAUACGCGCGCUACGCUCCCAAAAUUAAAUCCCCAACUGUUACUUUUUUUCAAAAUUUGAAAAACCCUAACCUCCCAACAACACACACAGAGAGAGAUGAAGAGAAGGGUGGGAAGCUCGGAAGAAGAAGAAGAAGAAGAAAAUGAAGAGUUGGAGAGAGAUGUGAAGCAAAUGGCUGAGAAGCUUCUACAAUACAGAACCACUCUACCCGACCACCUCAGGUCCACUUUCUCUUCCGUCCUCACCGCUCAGAGACCCGUUUUACCUCCUCCAUCCGAAUCCGCUCCCUCUGGAGCUCCGAUUCCAGAUGCAGGAGGACAGGUUAAAUCUAUUGAGGGGCUACAAGAUGCAGAACAGGAUCAAGAGAUUGCUGAGAAAUUACAAUUACUUAAAGAUAAAAUUUCCAGUAAUGUCUCUGCUAUGCCUAUUGUUUUGAAGAGGAUGAAAGAGUGCAUUUCUAAGAUUGACAAAUUGGAUUCUUACAACGGAAUCAUACAUCCUGUAUUUAAGAGGAAAAAGACUAGUUGACCAAAUCUCAGCAUUCUCACGUUAUUUUUGUAUCAGUUGAUGAUUUGAAGAUUAAUGACAAGGGUGUCUCCCAAUGGUUGAUCAACUUUUUUUGCUCAAUGAAGACAUGCUUACAUUUGGAAGGAAAGGGAUCUAAUGGCAAGAGUUCUCACCUAGAAUGGAUUUGGAAUUUCACAUGUACCUGUAAUUAAUUCAAAGGGCAUCGCUUAUGAUAUGUACCGUAAUAUGUUGUUAAUAUUCACAAAGCACCACCUGCAACCAUCGAAGCAUUACAAGAGAGGAUGCUGCAUUCUCAAAUGUUUAUAUAUUUUUUGAACUUUCCUUUUUUUUUUUUUCCCUUCCCCUUUCAAUUUUUUUGGGUUGCUUGCUUCUGAAAUAUAUUAAAAACUAAGAGCAGUCUGUGAACUAGUCAGAUCAUGUAUCUUUGCAUUUUCCCCAAUUUACUAUUUCUGUUCGUUUUC